AUGCAGAAGGAUAUAGGAAUUCUAGCUGCGGAGGUUUAUUUUCCGAGGACAUACAUUCCACAAACCGCCAUUGAGGAACAUUAUGGUUUUCCUGAGAAAUACACCAAAGGUCUUGGCCAGAUGUCAAUGGCUAUUUGUGAUGAAGCUGAGGAUGUCGUUUCUCUUUCUCUUACUGUCACUAAGCGCUUAAUUGAGCGCAUUGAGCUUGAUUUGACAAAAGUUGGCUUUCUAGAGGUUGGAUCAGAAACCCUAGUGGAUAAGUCGAAAUCAAUCAAAAGCCACCUUAUGGUGUUAUUCGAGGAGUCUGGAAACUUCGAUUUGGCUGGAAUUGACGUCAAAAGUGCUUGCUACGGUGGCACUGCCGCUCUCUUUAAUGCCAUUAAUUGGCUUGAGUCCUCUUCAUGCGAUGGCCGAUUGGCUCUGGUAGUGGCAGCGGACAUCGCGACGUACUUGACUGCCGCAACCCAACCAACCGGUGGUGCUGGUGCUGUCGCCAUUCUUUUGGGACCCAAUGCUCCCCUUGUUGUCGAUUCAGGCCUCCGUGUGUGUGCAAUGCGUCACCGCUACGAUUUUUGCAAGCCCGUAAUGAAAUCCAUCUUUCCUGAGGUGGAUGGAAAGCUGAGUAUCACUUGCUACAAGGAGGCUGUGCUCUCUUGCUACCGCCUCUAUCGCGAGAAAGUAGAAAAAUUCACUGGUCGCAAGGUCCGAGUGAUCGGCGAUCGGAGCAAAUGCGAAUUUCCCAUCGACUUUGUGUGCUUUCACUCUCCUUUCUAUCGUUUGGUUGCCAAGUCCUUCGGUUGGAUGGUGUUGCAGGACGUCAAGACUGCAGUGACGACAGGACGGGUUGCAACGGAGGCACCGACAGCGGCGCCAACGACUAAGGCGGGCGUAAACAACAGCGCCAGCGAGUUCCACAACGCUGGAGCAACGGACGAAAGUGCGCUGGUCCGUGAGCUAGCUCCACUUGCCAACGAGGCUGAUAGCACGCAGAUAUCGCGAACGGUGGACGAAGCCUGUUUGUCCGCUUCGCGCGCCCUAUUCGACCUCAAGGUUGCUCCUGGCCUGCGCAUCACUAGUGAGGUGGGCAACAUGUAUACCGCCUCGCUCUAUGCCUGUCUCAUUUCUCUCGCGUGCUCAGUGCCGGAGGUCAACUUGCGUGGUCGGCGUGUGCUGAUGUUCUCCUACGGUUCCGGCUACACUUCAUCGAUGUUCAGCCUGCGGAUCUCCGAAACAGCUGACGUUGAGGCCAUCUUUGGCGCCUCCUCGCACUCCCCCUUCGAUCGAUUGGCGCAGCGCACGCCCAUCACAUACGCGAGCUUCAGCGAUGGUCUUGAGGCUCGUGAGGCAGCUGUUGACAAGGCGCCGCUUAAUUAUCCAACAGAAGAUCUCGAAAAGCGCUUUUUUCCGGGCACCUACUAUUUGACUCACGUCGACGAGAUGCAUCGCCGUUUUUACGAGCGAACGCCGACUGAAUGA